CAUCACUACUACCGCUCAAUACCCAGCCAGGGUAACAUUGAGCCGGGCAGCGAGCCCCAGUUGUGGCCGGUGGGCAUGGUUUUGGAGGGCAGCUCAGAGGCGCUGUGUCCCCCCCCAUCUCUGGAGCUGCGCCCAUCCUGCAACAAGAGCCAGUCCUCGCCUCCUCUGAGCACAAGCUCACAACCCCACGACGGAGUCUUCCCUGAGGACAAGGAGCCCGUCAAGUACGGCGAGCUCAUCGUCUUAGGGCACAAUGGUUCACUGGCCAAUGGAGACAAGGGUCGUAGAAGAAGUCGUCUGGCCCUUUACAAGAGACCCAAAGCCAAUGGGGUCAAACCUGAUGUUAUCCACAAUGUCUCAACACCUCUGGUGUCAAAGGCACUCAGCAACAAAAGCCAGCACAGCAUCUCCUACACACUGUCACGGAGCCACUCUGUCAUCGUGGAGUACACCCAUGACACCAACACAGACAUGUUUCAGAUUGGCCGUUCCACAGAGAGCAUGAUCGACUUUGUGGUGACGGACACGGCAGGCAGUGGCAGCAGUCAGGGUGGUGGGGCGGGAGGGGAGGGUGGUGGUGGAGGACAGUCAGCUCAGAGCACCAUCUCCCGCUACGCAUGUCGCAUCAUGUGUGAACGCAGCGCUCCCUACACAGCCCGCAUCUACGCUGCCGGCUUCGACUCCUCAAAGAACAUCUUCCUGGGGGAGCGGGCAGCCAAAUGGAGGACGUCAGAUGGCUUGAUGGAUGGCCUUACCACCAAUGGGGUGCUGGUGAUGCACCCAGCAGGGGAGUUUGUGUCUGAGCCGGCUCCAGGCGUCUGGAGGGAAAUCUCAGUGUGUGGUAACGUCUUUGCCCUGAGAGAGACACGCUCUGCCCAGCAGAGAGGAAAACUGGUUGAAAAUGAGUCCAAUACCUUACAGGACGGUUCACUGAUUGAUCUGUGUGGGGCUACCCUGCUAUGGAGGACCCCCGCUGGACUGCGCCACACCCCCACUCUCAAACAACUGGAGUCCCUUCGCCAGGAGCUAAAUGCUGCCCGACCACAAUGCCCCGUGGGUUUCAACACCCUGGCCUUUCCUAGCCUGGCCCAGCGUGAGAUUGUUGACAAAAAGCAGCCCUGGGUCUACGUUAACUGUGGCCAUGUGCAUGGCUACCACAACUGGGGCUACCGCAAGGAGAAGGGCCCAGCCGGCCCUGGGGGCACUGCACCGGCCAGCACUGGGGAGAGGGAGUGCCCCAUGUGCCGGCGAGUGGGCCCCUAUGUGCCACUGUGGCUGGGCUGUGAGGGAGGAUUGUACCUGGACGCCGGGCCACCCACUCAUGCUUUCUGCCCCUGUGGCCAUGUAUGCUCAGAAAAGACAGUGGUGGGGUGGAGCCAGAUCCCAUUACCCCAUGGCACUCAUGCAUUCCACGCUGCCUGCCCCUUCUGUGGUACCUGGUUGACAGGGGAACAGGGCCACAUCAAACUCAUCUUCCAAGGCCCUGUCGACUGA